GAAUAAAACAACAAUGAUCAUUUUACUCAAACAUAUAUCUAUAAAGAGUAAAAUCAGAGAAACUGAUUUAGAACCUAAAGUGGUCUCUUAUUUUUUCCAGAGCUGUAUGUAUCCUGUAUUCACUGGGCUGCAGUAACUGUUAUAACCAGCAGGUGGCAGAAGCGACGCACAGCUCAAUUUCCUUGUUUCCACGCAACAGCAAACAGCAACACUGAGGCCCUGCUCCUGUCUGAGUCAGGGUGGAUUAUCUGGAUAAAUAAAUGUGAAUUAAAGCUGAAUCCUGUUCUAAUCAGCCUGUAUGAUUAAUCUGAUUAAUCUGCUGGUUCAGUAUGUCUUAUUCUGCGCCGGUUAAACGGACUGGUGUGGGCAGGGAAGUGUUGAAGUGGCUGCAGAGUCUGGACCUGUCCUACCCUCCAAAGAACCUGCGCAGAGAUUUCUCCAAUGGGUUCCUUGUGGCUGAGAUCUUUUCCAGGUUCUACCCAGAGGAUUUCCCCAUGCACUCUUAUGGGAAUGGGACGUCACUGCCCACCAAGCAGAGCAACUGGUCUCAGAUAGAGAAGGGAUUAAUGAAACUGCAGCUCAGUCUUGUGAAGGAAGCUGUGGACGGUACCAUCCACUGCAAACCUGGAGCAGCAGAAGCUUUAGUGCAGGAGAUUUACACUCUAAUGACCAACCGGAGGAUCAGCUCUGUCCAGGAGGGGGCGCUCGACUUCACAGAUCUGAGCUACCAGGAGCAGCUGCCAAUCGUGGCUCGAGCGACCGCCUCCAAAGCCAUAAAGAACAACCUGCGGCUCAGCGAGGAGAUAGCUGAUCCCAACAUCACAGCCACCCAGCAGAAGAUCCAGAACAUCAUCCACCGACACGUCGAGCGCAGGAAAGACGAGCGGAUCCGCCAUCCCAAGCGUUUCGGAGUGAAGCCCACGCUGGGCGAGCAGGCUGUUAGACUGCCCCCCACCAGCGUCCAGAACCACACAGACCUCCACACCCAGACCAGCCACACCGGCAAUCCAGUAGCACUUGGAACCGAAUCCACUCUGGUCUAAUCUGGAGAUAUUAGACACUGGGAGCUGGACACGCCAUCACUGCUGUCCUAAGGAAGCAUUAGUAUUUUCUUACUCAGACUGGUUUUAAAGCAGGCCUUCAUAAUAAACACAACGUAUUUUUUUUUCA